AUGGCGCCUCAACCUGUAUUUGAAGUAUCGGAUCUCACUGUAUUACGUGACAACUCUUCACCGCUAUUCUCAAACCUUUCUCUCACACUAGCACCGGGGGAGGUUUUGGUUGUUCGAGGUGUAUCUGGAUCUGGUAAAACGACACUACUAAAAUGCAUAGCCGAAUUGAAUCUAUAUUCAAAGGGGAAAUUGAAGUUACACGGGAAGGAAUCUACUAAAUGGGGAAUACCAGAAUGGAGAAUAAAAGUGGCUUACAUACCACAAAGACCAAGUUUGUUGCCUGGGACACCACUUGACUUUCUAGAAACAAUCAGGUCUUUCUCUGUCAGAUUGAAGCAAAAGCAAAAGGCCCAAAGUGACAAGGAUGGGGAUGGAAAUGGGAAUGGAAAUGGGCAGGAAGAAGGGACGAUUGACCCAUUGGAUUUGGCUCAGGAGUGGGGUAUAGAAAAAUAUCUCUGGAAAAGAGAUUGGGGAACAUUGAGUGGUGGUGAAGGUCAACGAAUAGCUUUAGCUAUCGCUGUGGGUAUAGGAGGUGCUGAAGUGUUAUUACUAGAUGAACCCACUUCCGCAAUAGACGAUGAGACAGCUCAGAAGAUAGAGAAAUCGCUAUUGGGUAUGCUUCCGUCGAUACAAGGAGGAUCACAUCCAGUUAACGGUGUGCGACGUAAAGGAACAGGACCGAGAGGACUGAUAUGGAUCACACAUUCUGCCGAACAGGCCGACAGAGUAGGAACGAGGACAUUGGAUCUAUCGAAUCUAUAG